CAAAACACAAUACGCUAUUGCCGAAGCUCGCUGGUGAUCAGUCUGUCUCUUUCACGCUACAAGGAAAUAAUUCCCCUUCUACUUUCUUCCGUGCUGUUUUCAUAUACCGCUCCCCUAACCAACUUAGUGACGAAACGGCCUCACCUAGUACCAUAGACCCGUCUUGGUGUAAAUAUUUAGAUGUAAACAAAUCGUUGUUGCAAACAUUGUUUUCUCACGCCUGAUUUCGCAAAUAGUAUCGUAAAAUGUUUGAUCAAACACUGAUUUCACAGAACAUGACUGAUAUUUUGGACGAGCAUUAUUUUCGUGCCGUAAGCAUUUAUCUCUUCAAACCACAUGUUGUCAACCGAAAGUUAUUUGGAGUUGAUAAACUGUUAUCGUUUGCUUACCGGAAACAUGUUGAUGCUCAUUCACUGGAUACCUUAUCUUUUUUAAAAAAAUGCCAAGCUCGUUCAUUAGAAGGCAGUUCUAAUGACGAAAUAAUUUCCAGUUUGAGUGACCAAUUCCAUAUAGAUAUCGAGAAAACCGCGGACAUCAUUUUAAACCCACAGGAACGCAAUCACGAAAGCUGUGAGGGAUACAUUGUGUUGAAUCGAUUUCUGCCCAGAAAUUUGAACGUAUUUGGAACCCUUGAUGUACUAGCGGUUAUAAAUAUAGAAUCAAAAUCCUCGUCCUUUAUUUGCCUACAAGUGGAAGAAAAUAAUCUGACACCAAAAUUUCCAUUUACAAUUCAACUCACAGAACAAACGCUGUCUAUAAAAUGCAAUUCUCAAGAAACCGUUGAUGAAAAAUCUACCACCUGGCUGAGAGAAAUUCUUUUCCACAAAUUGUUGAAAUGGAUCGACAAUUUUCAGCAAGAAUCAAAUACGACAAAAUCAAACGGUGAGCUCAUCUCACUGAAUCUAAUAAAAAAAUUGGAGGAAUAUAAUGUUCUGUACAGUAAACUCAAAAUCAAGUAUGCCACAGAAAUGGUAAAGAAUUGGCCAGAGACUACGGAUCCGCGAAAGUAUGUCUAUGAGGAUGUGGCCAUCGCUACCUAUUUACUGUUACUCUGGAAGCAGGAACGAGAGAAUACCGGAUGCGAACGCAGGCAAUCGUUUGUCGAUGUAGGUUGUGGGAACGGAUUGUUGGUUUACAUCCUGACAUCAGAAGGUCAUGAUGGAAUGGGAAUUGAUCUGAGGAAACGGAAAAUCUGGGACAUCUAUCCACAAAAUGUCAAACUCAUAGAGGAGUCUAUUGUGCCAUCGGAAAGUUCAAUGUUUACUGACAUCGAUUGGGUUAUUGGCAAUCAUUCGGAUGAACUGUCGCCCUGGAUCCCAGUGAUAGCGGCGAGAAGCACCUUUCGUUGUCGAUAUUUUCUACUACCAUGUUGUGCAUUUGAGUUCAAUGGAAGCAAGUUUCAACGUCAGAAUGCUGGUGUUAGUCAAUAUAAUGGGUUCCUGCAGUACGUAAGUCAAAUUUCAGAAGUAUGUGGUUUUAAAACGACAAUCGAUCGACUUAAGAUACCCAGCACAAAGCGGACUUGCUUAGUGGGAAUGGGAAGAGUUCACAGGGAGGAAGAUUACAAGGAAUACUGUGGUAAGAUUCAAUCGUAUGUUGACUCGAGAAUUGGUGCCGACCGUAGGAAUAUGACAAACUGGGCAGAAAACUUUAAGCCACGAGAAACUGUGGAGAAAGUCAGGAAUUGUACUAAAAUUGAUCGCAACAUUAUAGAUGGAAUAGUUAAAAUAGUUUUUGGGGUUCUAAUUUCGAAAGAGCGCGUGAUGGUUGAGUUUCCAGGCAAAAAUUGGAACGGUGGUGGAACAGUUGCUAUUGGAGAGCUGGUAAAAAUUAUUCCAGCUGAUCAAUUGAACCUUUUGAAAUCGGAAUGUGGUGGCCUUCAAACGUUGCUGAAAAAUAAUCAUCAGAUCUUCCAAGUACAGGAUGGUUGUGUUCAGUUGAGAAUACCUACUAAAAUUGGCGAGAGUAGUAAAACUACUGCUGAAUUGAAGAAAAAAGUGAAAAAGCAAAAGAAUCCUAGAAUUGAUAAUCUUAAAGAAAGACUUUGUUGGUUCUUCAGUAACCAUCCUAACGGAUGUCCGCUCACUGAAGAAGAUUGUAAAUUUAAACAUUGAA